AUGGAAUCCGUCAAUCCUCAUGUACCAUCUGUAGCAUUAUUUGUCACGCGAUCGGAAAUUGAUUUUUCUCAUCGUUCACCAAGUCCAAUAUGUCAACGAUGGUUUAUGGUUUUAUAUCUUAAAUCAGAAGCUAAAGAACUUGCAUUAACCGUUUAUCCAGUAAAUAUGAAAAAUCCUGAACAAGAAUUUAAAAAAGCUUAUAAUUCAAGUCCACCUGUUGUUGUAUUUGAUGAAACAAAUGAUAAAUCAUCACAAGUUGUUCUAACUGAUAAUCGUGAUAUUGAUGCUGAAAUAAGUAAACGUUUUCCUGUUACAAAUAUGAAUUCAUUAAAAGAAGCUGAAGAUGUUUGUUCAAAUAUUUAUAUUAAAUUUCAUCCAUAUUUAAAAUCACCAAUAGGUGAUCCUCAAGAACAAAUUAAAUUACGUUCAUUAUUAAGUGAAUUAAAACGUAUAAAUGAUUAUCUUGAAGAAAUGGGUACAAAAUUUUUAUCAGGAAAUGAAAUGACAUUUGUUGAUUGUGACAUUAUGCCUAAAUUACAACAUAUACGUAUUGCAGGAAAAUAUUAUAAAAAUUUAGAUAUACCAAAUGAAUUUCAUGCUUUAUGGUCAUAUAUGGAACGUUGUUAUCAAACAAAAGCAUUCCAAGAAUCAUGUCCAUUUGAUCAAGAUAUAUUAAUGCAUUAUGAAGGAAAACUUGGUGCAAAUAAUAAACCAUUUGGUAAAACACCAACAUUACAACAACCAACAAUGACAUUAACAAAACCAGGACAUGAACACAGUGAAUGA